AUGGUUUCGGGCACUGGCUACGCUCAACCCAUCUGGGCCUUCAUGUCUGACACUAUCACCAUCUCUACAAUGGCUCUUCACUUGUCCUUAUUCUGCUUUAUGUUAUUGCAAAAAAUCAGCUUUUACCUUGACGAUUUCCGUACUCUAACCGUAGCCUUCGAGCUAUCUAUCGAUCGCCAUCUAAUUCAACAUGGCCUUGAGGACCUCACUCUGCUCAUACACAUCUACUUGGCCACCUUGGGCAUUCUUUGUCUCGACAAGGGCCUCGUAAUCUGCAACAUCGGUGGCAAGAAGGAAAGGUUUGAGCGAGGCAGUCAUGCGCUCUGGUCAGAGCUUGAGAGUGCUGAUGCCACUUGCGAUCUGCACACUAUAGGACCCGUGCUUCAAUACUUCGCUCAAGGUAUCGUUGUCACUGUGUUGUCGGAAUGA